ACGCGCGGUGGCUGGGGCCCGCGUUGUUGCUGUGGGAACGGCCGGGCGGGCAUCCUGCAGGACCCAGGCGGCUCUCACACGCUGUCUAGCGUCUCCACGUCUCUGGGCGGGUGGGUGGAUGUGUCGCCUCUUCCUGCAGCGCCAGCCUCUGCCUGGCCUCCCAGUGGACGUAAGUGCUCCUCUGUGCACUGCAGUGGGGGUGGAAACAGCCCCCUCCCGGCGGUGCAGACGUUGGCCCGCAGGAGAAGAUGCCCUUUAUUUCUUUAUGGGAAGUCAUUAUGAAAGUAACACAUGUUCAUCAGAUUUCCUCUGAUUCACCCUGAAGUGUAUGUGGGAAUGAUGUACACUGCCAAGAAAUGCGGGAUUAAAUUCCAGCCUCCAGCUAUUAUCUUAAUCUAUGAGAAUGAAAUCAAGGGGAAAAGUCGCCAGCGCAUUAUGCCAAUCCGAAACUUUUCAAAGUUUUCAGACUGCUCCAGAGCUGCUGAACAAUUAAAGAAUAAUCCACGACACAAGAGUUACCUGGAACAAGUAUCCCUGAGGCAGCUGGAGAAGUUAUUUAGUUUUUUACGAGGUUACUUGUGGGGACAGAGUUUGGCAGAAACAAUAGAACAAAUUCAACGGGAAACAACCAUUGAUCCUGAGGAAGACCUGAACAAACUAGAUGACAAGGAACUUGCCAAAAGGAAGAGCAUCAUGGAUGAACUUUUUGAGAAAAAUCAGAAGAAGAAAGAUGAUCCCAAUUUUGUUUAUGAUGUUGAGGUUGAGUUCCCACAGGAUGAACAAGUGCAGUCCUGUGGCUGGGACACAGAGUCAGCUGAUGAGUUCUGACACCAGACACUCAAAAAAUGUAUUGGGCUAGCAGAAUAUCCAUGUUUACACAAAGUACAUAGACCGUUUCUAGAAAAAUCUUUAAAGAACACUAAAUGUAUAUGUUGGGUCAUAAUUGGAUUGACUGUGUUACUUUUCAAAACCAGGAUAUUUAGAGCAUCUACUGUGUAGGUGCCUGAAGAAUAUAGGAAAAAGAGAAUAAAGAAAUCUGCCUUUUAGGAGCUUAGAGUUGAAUUAGAAGAUAAGUCAAAAACUGUGAAAAGCUAAUUCACAGUAUUAAACAGAAAUAAAGAUUAGACCCAGAUACUUGAAUAAAGGCUAAAGAAGGUUGGAGCUUAGAUUAUCGUAGUGUAGAAUAGUAAGGAAAGACUUUGUCCUUUAGUAGAGAGACAGGACUUUGCCUCAUCCUUAAAACUAAUAUUUGCAUAGAAGCUUAUGUAGGAUUCCGGAUGAAAGCAACUGGAAAGAAGGGGAAGAAAGAUAGUAAAACAACACAAAAUAGAAAUUU